AUGCGUGAAACAAAAAUGAGUACACAUUUAUCUGGUGGUAGACUAAACGUAGCUUUAGUCCAGGAACGGAUGCGUACUGAGUUACUGAAUCUAUUAGAGCCUUUCAAAGGCCCAAAAGUAACAAUAUGGGAUGAAUGGCUAGCAGGUCCUGUGCUCCUAGUAGCCCAAUACUCCUUGCUAAAGGACCAUGGAGUCACGGAGAUGUUUCCUCUAAAACCAGGCAACCUGCCAAACAUAUCUGUGAAACACAUAGUGUUUAUCACAAGACCUAAGCUACAUCUGAUGGAUUUAGUAGCUAAUUAUAUUCAAUCACUUAGGUCAAAACAAACAACACCUCUGGAGUUCCACCUGUUCUUUGUGCCCCGAAAGAGUGAGCUCUGUAAGAAGCACCUGACGAACCUCGGAGUGCUGACCAACCUGACCAUCCAUGAGUUCAAGUGUGACAUCUUCCCAUUUGAGAGUGAUGUCAUGUCUCUGGAACUGCAGAAUGACUUUCGAGAGAACUACCUGGAGGGCGACCCGACAUGCGUGUACAACGCUGCACAGGCUCUGCGCACCAUACAGCAGAUGUAUGGAAUCAUACCGCGAGUGUUUGGCAAGGGCGUUGCUGCUAAACAAGUAUGGGACCUCCUUUGUCGCCUGAACAAGGAGGAGCAAGGCCUGGGUCCCCGCGGCGCGGCCACCUCGUGUAUAGAUCAGCUGCUGCUACUAGACCGGGCGGUCGACUUCACCAGUGUUAUGGCCACGCAACUCACUUAUGAGGGACUUAUUGAUGAAAUCUACGGUAUAAAGAGUUCGACGGCGACGUUCCCGGGGCAUAAGUUCGUGAGCCCGGACGACGCCAACCCGGAGGCGACGGCGCGGGAGAAGAAACGUAUCGUACUCAACUCCAGCGAGGAACUGUUCGCUGAGAUCAGAGAUUGCAGUUUUACUUCUGUGGGAGCAGCUCUUUCAAAGAAGGCGCGAGUAAUAAAGACCCAGUUGGAUGAGCGACACAAAGACAAGUCGGUGCAGGAGAUCAAGCAGUUCGUGUCUCGCCUGCCGCAGAUGUUGGCCAACAAACAGUCGCUGGCCACGCACACUGGCAUCGCCGAGUAUAUUAAAGAGACAACAGACACGUUUGAGUUCCACGACAUGGUGCAGUGCGAGGAAGACUUCCUCAACUGCGUGGACAACGAGAAGACGUGCCCCUACAUCGAGGAUCUUAUUGCGCAGAAGGAACCACUCACCAAGGUACUUCGUCUAAUCUGCCUACAAUGCGUGACAGGAUCAGGAUUGAAGCCUAAAGUACUAGAGUACUACAAACGCGAGCUGGUACAAGUAUACGGACUGAACACUUGGCUCACUCUGUGCAACUUGGAGAAAUGUGGCCUUCUGCGGCCUCAGCAGGGAACUCGACAAUAUGCUGUGUUGCGCAAGACGCUUCACCUCACAAUGGAUGAAACGGAGAUGAAUGCCAAAGAGAAGAGCUACCUCUGUAACAAGUACACCCCGCUCACAGUGCGCCUCAGCGAACAUAUCGCCAAGAACAAGGGCUGGACAGGUAUUCAAGAUGUCUUGGGUCUUCUACCAGGGCCGACAGUAGAUGAGCUACAGACGUUACAACCGCGCAUGGCGCGUCGCAAUUCCAUAUCGAGCGAAAAUUCAUCCUCCAUGGAAAACCCUCGCGUGAUACUUGUUUUCUUCAUCGGAGGGUGCACCUACCAGGAGAUAUCUGCACUCAGGACCAUCAGCCAACAAGAAGAUUCCAAUGUAGAGUUUGUCAUACUAACCACCAAGUUAAUCAACGGCACUACUUUCAUCGAGUCUUUAAUGGAAAACGAAUCAACCAAGUGA